UUAUGUAGCAGGUUGCUGCUUAGUGACUCAGGGUUUGAGUCCCUGUCCUUGGGGAUGGGUGCACUGAUGUUCAAGAGCUGCGAUCAAGGAGUCCAGGUGCAGGCACCCAUGGUCAGAUCUGGCCUGGACUUACAAAGGACUAUGUUAAGUUGGUCCUUUGGGAGGGAGGAAUGAGGAACUGGCAUCAGUGCAAGCUUCGGAGCAGGACACCCAAACCAGAAGUUACUAAAGUACUGCUCUUCACAAAGUCCACAGGCGUGUCGAUUAGAGCGAUAUGAACACUCGAACUACAGCAAGCGAUUUCACACAUCUUACACUUACUGUUGUUUCACGGUUUGCUUGGAGCAAGGGUGGCCAUGUGGUAGUGGGAGCAGGUAUGAAGAUCUGUGAUUGAGAAUGACUGCUCAGAAUAGUCGUGGAUGGCUGGUUCCUCAUUGCUUUGGCCUUGACUGUGUUUUCGUGGUGUGUGUGUGUGUGUGUGUGUGUGUUUAUGAUGUUUGCUUUUGUUGAGAUGUUUUAUGCCAGUAAUAGGGUAGGGUUCAGUAUGAAGAAGGCUUAGAGAGAAAGAAUGUCUUAGUACAAUUUCUAUUGAGCAGGCUGAGAAUCCAUUCCUAUCCCAACUCUCUAUUUUACAGAUGAUAUCCCAGUCCACAAAAGACCAAAUCUAGGAAUAAUUCUGUUUCCUUUGUUUUCCAAGACACGUCAUAACAAUCUUUAAGAACUUUUAAUUGUAUUCUUUCUUUUUUAAAUUGUGUGUACUGUUGGCGUAUUAGCUACUGCGUCCUCCUGCUCGAUAGCCAAUCUGUGGCCUCUCAGAUCCAGGUUUGCAGUCCCUCACACCUUUCCAGAGUGCCCACAGCUGAAGAGGUAGAGCUCUCUCAGCCCAUCACUUCUCCCUGGGAUGACUUCUCUAACUAUGCUCUAGGGCCACACCCUGAGGAAAUUUCAGAGGAUGUAAAACACCCUCAGACCUUAGUCUCCCACUUUCUUCAUUGUGGCUUUGCUGAUGAAGAUGGUGCCAAUUUUGGCCUUUUGUUUUUGGCUUUGCUUUUUGUCUUUGGCCUUUCCCUUUGUAGAGAUCAUCUUCCUUUACUCUGUACCUCAAGUGUUGUAGUUUCUUCAGAGCUUUCUCUCCCUGACCUGUUUGAAGGUAGUUCACCGAAGUGGUUCUCAAGUUGUGGUGUUUGGGACCCUGAGGGCUCCUUGAGGCAUUUUUAGAAGUAUGGAUGAUAAAUAUUUUAUAGUGUCAGGAGUACUUGGCUUUUUCACUUGGCUAACACUUGUGUGAAAGCCGUUGUGGGUAUAACUGCAGCCAACUUAGCAUGUACUGUUCUGGUGGUGUACCAGAUCUCUGUGACUGGUGGGUCACCACAUCCCAGCCAAACGCUUGACAGCAGGGAAGAUUCAGAGGCAGGUAUGAGAACCCAGCUGUUAAGUCAUGACUUAAGAGCUUUGUGACCAUGGUGGUACAUACCUUUAAUCCUAGCAGUUGGGUGGGAGAGAGUGGUGGGUUUCUGAAUUACAGAUCACUCCCAGACACACAGUCAGAUUCUGUCUCAAAAAAGGAAAAAAAAAAGAUUUGUAAGUAAUUUGGUUAAAAUAUGUUUUUAUAAAGAUGUAUCAUGUUAAUGUGCAACAAACGGAUUCAAAAGAAAUUAGAUUUAUGUUUGUGAGUGCUUUGCCUGCAUGAAUGUGUGUGCAUCACAUGCAAGACUACUCUAAAGAGGGUGUGGAAUUACUUGGCGCUGGAGUUAAGGAUGGUUGUGAGCCACAGAGUGGAUGCUGGGAACCACAUCCAGGUCCUCUACAAAAACAACAAGCACCCCUAACCACUGAGCCAUCUCCACUCACCUGUUUUUAUUUUGAUUAAUUAGUUAAUUAAUGUUGAGAGAGAGUCUGACACUAGGCCGUGAUGAUCUAGGUCUCACUAGUUUACAUGGUCUCAAAUUCAUGUCAAUUCUCUUGGCUUUGCCUCCCAAGUGUUGGGGUUAGGUGUGAACCACCAUGUUCAAUUUAAAACUUUGCUUAGCUAUUAGUAAAGUAGCUGUCUGUAUACAUUGCAGGCCCUCGAUGUCAUCAUUGACAUUUAAAGUCAGUCACCUCCAUCUUAUAGGGUGAUGAUUUACCCCAGGUUUAGUCACUACAUUAGGAUUAUUAUUUUUUAUUUUUUUGGUUCUUUUUUUCGGAGCUGGGGACCGAACCCAGGGCCUUGCGCUUCCUAGGCAAGCGCUCUACCACUGAGCUAAAUCCCCAACCCCUAGGAUUAUUAUUUUUAAAUAGUGUCUUGCUGUGUAACCUUGACUGACUGACCUAGAACUCCACAUUCUCCUGCCUCAGCAUGCACUGUCAUUCCCAGCCUACUAUGAACUUAAAAGACCACUCUGAGGGGUUUUGUAGUUGAGGGGAACUGAAGUUGCAGAGAUGAAGUGAUUUGGAAGGUGAAUCCACCCAGUACCCUUGGGAGCAUGCAGAUUUCUAUCCUCACUGGAACCUAGAAUGUAUGUUUUGUGUUCUGCUUGAGAAAAGUGGACUAUAAACAUGGGUGAGCAGGUUUGUUGCAAACUAGUUGGGAACAGCCAUUAUGAUAGGUAGGCAUUGUGCUGGGUAGUAGGGACACAAAGCUACAUCUGAGAUGUGGCCUGUGCUGUCACUCCUCAGGACAGUGACACAUGUAAAGAUAGGUUGGCUGCCUGAGUUUCCUAGAGAAAACAUUGGGAAAACUGAAGUCUAAAAGGGACUGGCAGCAGGGUAUGGUCCUCUAAUCUCAGCACUUGGAUGGUAGAGACAGUAAGGUCUAGGUACAAGACCAUAUACAAGGUACAAGAGUUCGAGGUCAGUCUGGGCUACUUGAAACCUUAUUUCAAAAAGCACAAGGCCAAAAGAAGAUGAAGAGGAAGAGGAAGAGGAGGAGAAGUGAAAUGUUGACCCACCCGAAACAUUCAUGAAAUAAGAUUAGGGUAUAUAGAUAAAGAACUCAGACUUCCUAGGUGUGCUGGAACAUGUCUUUAGGCAGAGACAGACAAUCUCUAGGUUCUAGGACAGCAUAAGGUCUCCAGAGCAAGUUCAAGGCCGGUCAGAGCCACAUAGUGAGACUCCUCUUGAGAGAGGGAAGGAGGGAGAAGAGGAAGGAGAAAAGGUUUGCCUCACUUGUAGAUGUGUAAGCCAGCGUUGAUAUAAUACCCAGAGCUGUACCCAGUAAGGCUGUGUACUUCAAGACUGGAGUUUCUACCGAUUUCCCUACCUACCUGUCUUUAUAUAUAUAUUGGUUUUUAGGAAGUUCAGGAUAUUUCCUAGUAAUUCCCAGUGUAGCUUACUCCAGACAUUGGGGGCUUUAGCUUCUUUCCCUUCUCUUCCUCCUCCUCCAUCUUUCUUUAUGUUUUAAUAGAGAUAGGGUGUGUGUGUGUGUGUGUGUGUGUGUGUGUGUGUCUGUCUGUCUGUCUGUCUGUCUGUCUGUCUCCCUGGCUGUCUGUCUGUCUCCCUGGCUGUCUAGGACUAGUUCUGUAGCUCAGACUCACCUCCGAGAUUUGCCUGCUUCUGCUUCUGCUUCCGGCGCUCUGGAGUCAAAGGUGUGCACCACUGCUGCCCGGCUAUACUUGGAGCUUUUGGAAUUGCUGGGUUUGCCCCCUGACUUGUAGCUCAGCUGUCAGAAGACUUGUUAGAUCAUGUUCUUUAUUCACUUGGGCUUACUGAGGCUUGUUUCAUGUUCUUUGCCCCAUUUUUGCUAAACAGUCUAUGUAUGCUCUUAUCACAAAUACUCAAGCUCAGGAAAGGGUUACUUUCCUCUUACUAUUUAAGUCUGGCCAUUCUACUGAGUAGUCUUAUAAUGGUUUUGAUUCAUCUUUCACUAAUGAUUAAUGGUGUUGAGCAUCUGUGUAGGCAUUUGCUCCCAACAGAACUCCCUUAAGGAAGAAGGACUUAAUUGGAGCGUGGGUUCGGAGGUUCUGGUCUGUUGGUUCUGGCUUGCCUUAGUAAGGCUGAAAAUUAUGUGCAGGGCUCGAUUCAGUGCAGAUAGGAAGAAGGGAAAGGAACAGAGAGGGACCUUGGACACCAAGUGACCCCCAGGGACAUGUCCUCAGUGACCUACUUCCCAAAGUUUCCAGAACCUCCAACUAGCUGGGGAUCAAGCCUUCAGAGCACAAGUGUCUGGGGGAUGCUUCAUAUCUAAGCCACAGUGCUAUCUGGGUCUGCAUUUGUUGAUACUUUAUGUCUUUGGAAAAUGUUUAUUAAAUUUGUUCCUCAUUUCAAGUUUGGAUUUGCCUUUUGAAUGUUGAGUUAUAUGAGUUCUUAUUGAUUGAAUGUUUUUUCCCAUCUGUAGCUAGUAGCAAGAAAAUUAAAAUUUUAGUGAUAGUGUUCUUUGACAUAUAAGAAGUCCAAUCUUCUCGUUUUUUUCUCCAAUCUCUUAGCUCAGACCUUUAUGAGGGCCUAUGUAGUGGUCCAUGUCUCUAAUCUCAGCUCUCAGGAGGCAGAAGCAGGUAGAUUUCUAUGCAUUGGAGACUAGCCUGGGGCUACAUUUGUAAGUACCAGGCCAGCUAGAGCCACACAGUGAGAUCCUCUUUCAAAACCAACCAAACCCAAAUUACAGAAAAACAAAACCCAAACAACAAAAGAAAACAAAGCAAAAACACAUUAGAAAUACAGUUAGGAAGGUUUUCCCUUAGGGACUUAUGGAACUUUAUUUCUCUCUGAGAUAGGACCUUAGCAGCCUGGAGCAGAGAGACCUGCCUGCCUCUGCCUGUCCUGAGUGAUGGGGCUGGAAGUGUGACACACAUUUCCACUCAGCUGAUUUUGCCACCAUUGCUCAAGCUUUCCUUGCCUCUUGCUGCUCCUGCCUUAGACUUUUGAAUGUUGGGAUUACAGGCAGAAACCACUCUACGGUUUCUCUUUUAAGAGUUUGAAAUUCUUAGUACUUAAAUGAGAUCUUUGGACUGUGGUAUGAGGUACAGAUCUGAAUUCAUUAUUUUACAUCUAGCCAGCUGCCUUCCUGCCCUGGAACCUUUUAUUGGAGACUGGCAUUCUUGGUAGGAUGUGAAGGUUUAUUUCCACACUGUCAGUUCUGUCCCACUAGUCUCUGUCUCCCUUCAUGCCAGUUCCACCCUGUUUUGGUGAAGCGCUUACAUUGUAUACUAGCAGACAUUAAGUGUGUAGCCAAUAGGAUUGUAGCUAUUUGUUUUUACAUGUGUCAUGUUGUCUCCAAAUGAGGUGGGGUACAUGUCAGACCCAGAAGUAUUUAGAGAGUCAGGGUUGUCGUCAUUGUCACUGGGUGGUGGUUGUUGUUGCUGCUGCUGCUGUUCCUUCUCUUCCUCCUCCUCCUCCUCCUCCUCCUCCUCCUCCUCCUCCUCCUCCUCCUCCUCCUCCUCCUCCUCCCUCCCCUCCUCCUCCUCCUCUCCUCCCCCUCCUCCUCCUGUUGCUGCUGCUGCUUCCUUUUUCUUUUCUUUUCUAGUAUUGUCAAAAGAAGCACCAAAUUUUGCAGUAUGCUAUUGAAACUUUGUUGAAAUGCCCUGUUAUAUUUAGAUUACAAGUCUAGAACUCUGCUGUAGCUAUUCAGGAGUCUGUAGGCAUUUCAUAUUUUAUUUUAAUUUAACUUGUAGUUUUGUUCUACUCAGGUAAUGUCUAUAGAUUACCCAAAUGCAUGUACCUUAGCAGUCAAAAUUUGCAGGUAGAAAAAAAGAUCUCCCUGUCUUAACAAAGAAAUUGCAGAUGGUAAAGCAGGUCCUGCACUGUCUUCAUGGGCACGAUAAAGACUGCACACACAAACACUGCCCACGUGGUACUGAGAGAACCCCAGGGCCAAACCCGUUCCUGGAUGGUGUUUGCUGUGAGACUAUGAGGGAAUUGAUAUUAAUAGGCUCAGGCUUCUUGGUGUUUAAACUUUACUCAUGCUCAUUAUGUUCUGGAUUAGUUUCCUGUCGGUUGAAUUCAUGAUUUAGAACAUAGUUGUUCACAGAAACUACUUACGCUUCAGACAUCUGGAUAACUGGCUUGGCUCUGAGUUAAUUAUAUUUAAGGUUAAAAGAGCAUAGCUGUCUUAGUCUUACACAUUGGCAGAAGGUGGUGCUGAGGAAAUCCUGUUUAAUCUGCUCUCUUUAUUUGGGCAGAAAGUAGGGACUGUGGUCUCAUCUGAGCUGACAUCUUUUUUUCUUUUUCUUUUUCUUUUUUUUCGGAGCUGAGGACCGAACCCAGGGCCUUGUGCUUGCUAGGCAAGCGUUCUACCACUGAGCUAAAUCCCCAACCCCCUGAGCUGACAUCUUAAAAGGAGAAGUACUGAGUUGGGGGGAGCCUUGGAGUCAGAAAAUUAACCGUUCAUGCUGUUGGCAGGUUGGGAAAUUUUUGGUAGAUGGUACAGUUUCUCUAGGAUCUUAGUUUCCUUAGUUAUACAGCAGAGGUGGAGGCUGUGAUUCUGUCUCAAUCAAUCUUUUUUCCUAAGGUAGACCUGAAAGUGUAACGCUGGGAUCUAGAAACUAAGGAGGGGAAGAGGCAGGGGGAUGGGGUCUGCAGACAGAGACAUGACCGUGAUCUGUGCUCGCUGUGUGCAGGUCUGGACACACUCAGUGAGGCUGAGGAGUGUAGUUACCAUUGUGUGCAGGUCUGACACACUCAGUGAGGCUGAGGAGUACAGUUACCAUUGUGUGCAGGUCUGACACACUCAGUGAGGCUGAUGAGUAUACACACCGUUUGCUGGUAAAGAAAGAUGCUAAACCUGAAGAAUGCAGUGUCAGCAGGUGGUCCCACCCACCCCAGGCUACAUAGCCUCUCCAUCUUUGUUGAGAUCACUUACCUCUUCUAGAGUCUGUUUGCUUCUCUGACUGUGGGUGGUAGGAGUCUUAAACAAUUUUCAAUAUUAGUUAGUGCAGUAAAUUAGGAAAUAUGGUUCUGUGAGGAUAAACCUAAGGAUAAAUAGAAUAAAAUUAUGCACAUUUCCCUUAGCUAUUAAAGAAUGUAUAGGGGCUGGGGUUUUAGCUCAGUGGUAGAGCGCUUGCCUAGGAAGCGCAAGGCCCUGGGUUCGGUCCCCAGCUCCGAAAAAAAGAACCAAAAAAAAAAAAAUGUAUAAAGUUGCAGUGUUUAAUUAGUUUUUCUCAAACUUAAAUAUAUUUCUUCUCACGGAUCUACAGGGAAAUGUUUUUGUUGUCAUUUGUUUUGUGUGCCCCACCUCCCCCUACCACCUCUCCUUGGUCACUUCUGAGAUGUUGUCUCUGGCUCUGGUCUCCAGUAGGAAUGUGAAAGAAGGACUAUAAAUGUCUAGUGUUCAUGGUUACCAGAUCUUUAGAGAAGCAGGGCCAUCUUGAAUCCUCAGAACUUAAACUUAGCCCCAUUUCUACUCCUAGGGUUCUAAAUUCAGAUGUUUUGGGUCAGAUUUAAUUUUGUUUUUGAGACAAGGCCUCCUGUAUCAUAGAGUAGUUUCAGAUUGUAGUUGAAGAUAAUCUUGACUGAAAUGUGAGUACACUGUCGCUGUCUUCAGACAUGCUGGAAGAAGACAUCCGAUCUCAUUACAGAUGGUUGUGAGCCACCAUGUGGUUGCUGGGAAUUCAACUCAGGAUCUCUGGUAGAGCAGUCAGUGCUCUUAACCAUGGAGCCAUUUCUCCAGGCCCAACACAAUCUCUUAUUUUCUGAUAAUGGCAUACAUAUAUACAAUGUAUUGUGAUCACUUUCACUUCGGGCUGGUCCCUAAUAUCCCUUUCUACCUUCAUGUCCUCUCCGUUUUCUUAAUGUAACCCAUUGAGUGCAGGCGGUCCACCCCCGGGACGUCACCCCCCGGGACGGCAGCUGAUAUUUUGUUCAGCCUGCUGAGGUUCUGCAGGUACUGUUGUACUGAGUGAGUUCUCAGAUGCAGUGGGUAUGAGUGAGCAGGAGAUUUGUGCCACAGUGCGCCUCCCCAUCCUCUGGCCCUCACAGUCUCUCUGCCUCAUCUUCCCUGGGCCUUGGACAGGGAUAUGGGGGGGCAUUGUUGAUACAGAUGUCUCGCUUCGGGUCAAAUACCCAAGAGUAGUUUAGUCUCAGCCUUUGACCAGUUAAGAGUCUCAUUGUAAGCUGCUGCCCACAGCAGCCAAGGACCCGUCUGGCUAUGGAUGGAAUUUUGGCGUUGAAUGAUGAUGACAUUGAUGAUGACUGUCCGAUUCCAAACUUCCACAAAUGUGAAAUCUGUCUGCUGUCCUUUCCAAAAGAGUCCCAGUUUCAGCGUCACAUGAGGGAGCAUGAGCAAAAUGACAAGCCACACCGAUGUGACCAGUGCCCCCAAACAUUUAAUGUUGAAUUCAACCUGACACUUCAUAAAUGUACGCACAAUGCAGAGGAUCCUGUCUGUCCUGUGUGCAACAAGAAGUUCUCACGAGUGGCCAGUCUCAAAGCACAUAUUAUGCUCCACGAGAAGGAAGAGAACCUCAUUUGCUCUGAGUGUGGGGAUGAGUUCACGCUACACAGCCAGCUGGCCAUACACAUGGAGGAGCACCGGCAGGAGCUGGCAAACAACCGCGUGCACACCUGCAAGGCCUGUAAGAAGGAGUUCGAGACGUCGCCAGAGCUGAAGGAGCACAUGAAGACUCACUGUAAAGUUAGGGCAUCAGGUACAAGAUCUUACAAUCGGAACAUUGACAGGAGCGGCUUCACGUACUCGUGUCCACACUGCGGAAAGACGUUUCAGAAGCCCAGCCAGUUAACGCGACACAUAAGGAUACACACAGGUGAAAGGCCGUUCAAAUGCAGUGAGUGUGGAAAAGCUUUUAACCAGAAAGGGGCACUGCAGACCCACAUGAUCAAGCACACAGGAGAAAAGCCACACGCCUGUGCCUUUUGUCCUGCUGCCUUUUCUCAGAAGGGGAACCUGCAGUCCCAUGUUCAGAGGGUCCACUCAGAGGUAAAAAAUGGGCCAACCUAUAACUGCACAGAGUGUAGCUGUGUAUUUAAAAGCUUAGGUAGCUUAAAUACUCAUAUCAGCAAGAUGCAUAUGGGUGGACCCCCAAAUCCUUCAAGUUCUACAGAGACUGCACAUGUUAUAACGGCCACGAUCUUUCAGACUUUGCCUCUGCAGCAGGUGGAAGCCCAGGUCUCAUCAGUGUCUGGUGAGCAGAACUCUCAGGCAGUGACUGAUGUCAUUCAGCAGCUUCUGGAACUGUCUGAGCCAGGGCCAGUGGAGGCACAGCAGUCCCCACAGUCUGGGCGACAACUCAGUGUGACAGUGGGCAUCAACCAGGACAUCCUCCAGCAAGCCUUAGAAAACAGUGGGCUGUCUUCACUUCCAGUUGCAGCACCUCCCAGCGACUGCAGCCAUGCUCAGACGUCUACAGUGUCCUCGCAGAGUCCACACACCUCCAGUGUCUCUGCAGAGCAAGCUGAUCCCAUGGAUGCAGAGCAGGAAAAGGGACAGGAAAGCCCCGAAAAGGCGGAAAAGAAAGAGAAAAAAAUUCUGAAGAAGAAAUCACCAUUCCUACCUGGUUCCAUUCGUGAGGAGAAUGGGGUACGGUGGCAUGUGUGUCCCUACUGCACGAAGGAGUUCCGGAAGCCCAGUGACCUGGUGCGCCACAUCCGCAUCCACACCCAUGAAAAGCCCUUCAAGUGUCCACAGUGUUUCCGCGCCUUUGCCGUGAAGAGUACACUGACUGCUCACAUUAAAACUCACACCGGCAUCAAGGCUUUCAAGUGCCAGUACUGCAUGAAGAGCUUUUCCACCUCAGGGAGCCUCAAGGUGCACAUCCGCCUACACACAGGAGUUAGACCCUUUGCUUGUCCUCACUGUGAUAAAAAGUUCCGAACCUCAGGCCAUAGGAAGACUCACGUGGCUUCCCACUUUAAGCACACGGAGCUGAGGAAGAUGCGGCAGCAGCGGAAGCCUGUGAAGGGUCGGGCCGGCAAGAGCAGUGCUCCUGUCCCCGACAUUCCCUUGCAGGAACCAAUUCUCAUAACUGACCUCGGUCUUAUCCAGCCCAUUCCAAAAAACCAAUUUUUCCAAAAUUAUUUUAAUAAUAAUUUUGGCAAUGAGGCAGACAGACCAUACAAAUGUUUUUACUGUCACCGAGCAUAUAAAAAGUCUUGCCAUCUUAAACAACAUAUCAGGUCACAUACGGGUGAAAAGCCUUUCAAAUGCUCUCAGUGUGGACGAGGCUUCGUCUCUGCAGGCGUGCUCAAAGCCCAUGUUCGCACGCACACUGGACUGAAGUCUUUCAAGUGUCUGAUCUGUAAUGGAGCCUUUACCACAGGUGGCAGCUUACGGCGACACAUGGGCAUACACAACGACCUCCGUCCCUACAUGUGUCCUUAUUGCCAGAAAACAUUUAAGACUUCCCUAAACUGCAAAAAGCACAUGAAAACCCACAGAUACGAACUGGCCCAGCAGCUCCAGCAGCAUCAGGAGGCGUCCUCCAUGGAUGAGGAAAGCACUGUGGACCAGCAGAGCAUACAGGUGUCAGCUCCCAUGCCUGUGGAGAUUGAAAGUGCAGAGCUGCAGCAGACUCCAGAGACAGUGGCAGCAGACCCUGAAUCUAUCCUGGAACUGGGGCCACAGCACGUGGUAGGCACAGAAGAUACAGCACUUGGACAGCAGUUGGCAGAUCAGCCUUUGGAAGCUGAUGAUGAAGAUGGGUUCGCAGCUUCCCAGGCUCCUCUCCCAGGACACAUGGACCAGUUUGAAGAGCAGGGCACUCCACAGCCAUCCUUUGAGUCGGCAGGACUUCCACAAGGUUUCACAGUGACUGACACGUACAGCCAGCAGACUUCCUUCCCACCUGUGCAGCAGCUGCAGGACUCUAGCACCCUCGAGUCCCAGGCCUUGUCCACGAGUUUCCACCAGCAAAACUUACUGCAGGUCCCAAGCUCUGAUGCCAUCAAUGUGGCAACUCGUUUGCUUCCAGAGUCAUCUCAGGAGGAUCUGGACCUCCAAACACACCGCCCACAGUUCCUGGGGGACAGCGAGGACCAGAGCAGGCGCUCUUACAGGUGUGACUAUUGCCACAAAGGCUUCAAGAAGUCCAGUCACUUGAAGCAGCAUGUGCGCUCACACACGGGGGAGAAGCCCUACAAAUGCAAGCUCUGUGGGCGUGGUUUUGUCUCCUCUGGUGUCCUCAAGUCCCACGAGAAGACACACACAGGUGUCAAGGCAUUCAGCUGCAGCGUCUGCAGUGCCUCUUUCACAACCAAUGGCAGCCUCACGCGGCACAUGGCCACACACAUGAGCAUGAAGCCGUACAAGUGUCCGUUCUGUGAGGAGGGCUUCCGCACUGCGAUCCACUGUCGAAAGCACAUGAAGAGGCACCAAGCAGUUUCUUCUGUAGCCUCAGCAGUUGCAGAAACAGAGGGAGGAGACACAUGUGUGGAGGAAGAUGAAGAGAAUUCUGACAGGAGCGCAUCAAGAAAGCCUCGUCCUGAGGUCAUUACUUUCACAGAGGAGGAGACAGCCCAGCUUGCCAAAAUUCAGCCCCAGGAGAGUGCUACAGUGUCUGAGAAGGUCCUGGUGCAGUCGGCUGCAGAAAAGGACCGCAUCAGUGAGAUGAAGGAUAAGCAAGCAGAGCUCGAGGCCGAGCCCAAGCACGCCAACUGUUGCACGUAUUGUCCUAAGAGCUUCAAGAAGCCCAGUGACCUGGUGAGGCAUGUUAGAAUCCAUACUGGAGAGAAGCCAUAUAAGUGUGAUGAAUGUGGAAAGAGCUUUACUGUGAAGUCCACUCUAGAUUGCCACGUGAAGACCCACACAGGCCAGAAGCUGUUCAGCUGUCACGUCUGCAGCAACGCCUUCUCCACAAAGGGAAGUCUGAAGGUGCACAUGCGUCUGCACACAGGAGCAAAGCCUUUCAAGUGCCCUCACUGUGAGCUACGCUUCCGUACUUCUGGGCGAAGGAAGACUCAUAUGCAAUUUCAUUACAAAUCUGACCCAAAGAAGGCCAGGAAGCCUGUCACACGAAGCUCAUCAGAAAAUCUCCAGUCUGUGAACCUUCUCAACUCCUCUGCCACUGACCCCAACGUGUUCAUCAUGAACAACUCUGUUCUAACAGGGCAGUUUGAUCAGAACAUGCUUCAGCCAGGCCUGGUGGGCCAGGCAAUCCUUCCUGCCUCUGUUUCAGCUGGUGGGGACUUGACAGUGUCUCUGACUGAUGGAAGUUUGGCCACCCUGGAAGGCAUCCAGUUACAGCUGGCUGCUAACUUGGUUGGACCAAAUGUUCAGAUAUCUGGGAUCGAUGCCUCCAGCAUCAACAACAUCACAUUACAGAUUGAUCCGAGCAUUUUGCAGCAAACACUACAGCAGAGUAGCCUGCUCGCCCAGCCAAUCACAGGGGAGUCCAGCACAGCCUCCCAGAACAGCUCCCUGCAGACAUCAGACAGUACCGUCCCAGCCAGUGUUGUCAUCCAGCCUAUCUCGGGCCUGUCCUUACAGCCCACAGUGACGUCUGCCAACUUGACCAUUGGCCCCCUGUCUGAACAGGACUCUGUGCUGACCACCAGCAACACUGGGACGCAGGACCUCCCUCAAGUGAUGACUUCACAAGGCCUCGUGUCCACGUCGACCGGCCCGCAUGAGAUCACCCUGACCAUCAACAACUCCAGUCUCAGCCAGGUCCUAGCCCAGGCCGCCGGGCCCACCGCCUCUUCAUCCUCGGGCUCUCCACAGGAGAUCACGCUGACGAUCUCUGAACUUAAUCCUUCGAAUGGGAGCCUGCCUUCAACAGCACCGAUGUCGCCAUCAGCCAUUUCAGCCCAGAACCUGGUCAUGUCUUCAUCAGGGGUGGGUGCUGACGCCAGUGUCACGCUGACCCUGGCUGAUACUCAGGGCAUGCUGCCUGGAGGGCUAGACACAGUUACACUGAACAUCACCUCUCAGGGUCAGCAGUUCCCAGCCUUGCUCACGGAUCCCUCUCUCUCAGGCCAAGGUGGAGCAGGCUCACCACAAGUCAUAUUAGUGAGCCACACCCCACAGCCCUCAUCUGCUGCUGGGGAAGAAAUAGCUUACCAGGUGACUGAUGUCUCUGCCCAGCUGAGCCCUAACAGCCAACCUGAAAAGGAGGGCCCUUUACACCAGUGCCUGGACUGCGACCGUGCCUUCUCCUCAGCUGCCGUGCUCAUGCACCACAGCAAGGAGGUGCAUGGCAAGGAGCGCAUUCACGGCUGCCGAGUCUGCAGGAAGGCCUUCAAGCGUGCCACUCACCUCAAGGAGCACAUGCUGACGCACCAGGCCGGCCCCUCGCUCAGCUCCCAGAAGCCCAGGGUGUUCAAGUGUGACACCUGUGAAAAGGCUUUUGCCAAACCAAGCCAGCUGGAGCGACACAGCCGCAUCCACACAGGGGAGCGGCCGUUCCACUGCACUCUCUGUGAGAAAGCCUUCAACCAGAAGAGCGCGCUGCAAGUGCACAUGAAGAAGCACACUGGCGAGCGUCCCUACCGCUGUGACUACUGUGUCAUGGGCUUCACACAGAAGAGCAACAUGAAAUUACACAUGAAGCGAGCGCACAGCUUUGUGGGGACCUUGCAGGCAGCCACGGUGGUCCAGGAACAGGAUGGGGAGGAGCUAAGGACCCUCCACUUAGAGGAAGUGGUGCAGGAGGCAGCGGGUGAAUGGCAGACGCUAACCAAUGUGUUCUGAUGCCACGGACAGAGGCUGAGAGCGUCCUCUGUGAAGCUCCACGUGAAGAUUAGAGCACUUGGAGGUUCUGUUCUGAAACUUCAAGUGUUAAAAAUCUACCACAGUCAUUUUUUUAGCUAAAAUUAUUUGAAGAAUCAUUGUCAUUCAAAGACUUAUGGGAAAGCGACUGGGAAGCGCACAGAUGCAGUGUUCUCCUUGUCUGCAGGUCACAGAGCUGGACACUGCCGUGGUCACUCACCUUCUCAUGGCCAGUGUUUGUCCUUAGCAGAUGAACUGGAUCUGAAUAUCAUUGCGGUGAGAUUUGCGAUAGCAAAAGACACAUUAGCAUGGGAAAACACACAUGGUAGUGCGUGAAGUUCAGCAGCAGUGCAUUACACACAGGCGUUUUCUACUUCUUACUCUGCGGUUUGCUAAUUAGGAACAAUCAGUUCUUUUUAGCCCACCCUUAAGUUAAUGUAACUGAGCUUUGAGAGAUGGCUGGACCAGUUCUCUCUCCACCAUAGAUGCGUGAUCCCUAGUUAGAAGAACACAGGAUCCGGCCCAGCAGGGAGGGCCGUGGAGGAAAUCUGACCUGCAGGGAGGACCGGCUGCCCACAUGGAUGUCCACGGCUUGCUGGACAAAUCUGUCCCGUCACGUGGUUUAGGUCACUGCAGAAGCACAAGCCAUACAUACCCUGUGAGCAGGAAGUGACAGAGUUGUCUACGGGGCAGUAGCUGUCCCUGCCCACUCAGUAAAUGUAUCUGUAUUUUAAGGCUAACCACUCGAGCCCUGCGACUGUUCUCCUCACGCAUAUGGAGGUGUUUGUUUCAGGGGAUUGUUCAGUGUCAUCAAGCAGUCACCCAAGGCCCGAGACAAACCCCAAACCAAAUCCUCCUGCACUGUACAGUGUGCGCUUCAGCAUUCCAAAGACAGGCGGUCCCCACUCGUAUCCCUUCCCCUAAAGCUAUUUAUAUGUUCUAUAUGUAAAUACCGGUGUACAUAGACGGAUAUGCGGUCUGUGUGUACAUAGACGGAGAUGCAGGUUCUGUGUGCAUAGACAGACAGAUACACGUGGGCUCUGCAUAGACGAGGAGUCCGUCUUGUAAAUAGAAGCAGGAGUCCGGUCUCACAGAGUAUCUGCGGCCACUCCCUGGUGCACCUCAGACCCGUGUCCUGCUCACUGUUAAUAAAUGGAUAUCUUUUUCACUGUAACAUAAAGCUGGGCUCUAUUUUUUUUUUUUUCUGAAAAGAAAAUUGCCUUUAUUUUCUCUCAUUGCCUCCUUGGUUUCAGAAGAGAGCAGUUUAUUAUAUAUAUUCCGUGGACUUGUUCACUAAGAGAAUGUCCUGAAGAGACACUUCACUGUUCAUGUGAAAGGGCGUCUUCUGAUUUCUUCACGUUUGUCUCUGUAUAUACAUAAUAUUGACAGUGACAUAAAAACUUUUGUUAUGUGAAAAUAUUUAAGUCAGAGAACUGUUAAAUAUUAUUACUUUUUUCCAAACUGAUUUGUGUAUUAUAUAUUUUUUUAAGAAGAAAAAAGCCUUACUUGACUUCUUGUAAUACUGGACUUAAAAACCCAAGGCCCCCUGAAUGUCGGUGUGCACACCUGGCUGUGGUAGUGUUUUCAGAAUAAUUGUAAUUGUGCGAGAGUUUUAAAGUCUCUGCUAUUAAUGCACUUUUUAUUUUAUAAUUUUGUAUUAAAAUAUUUUAGAAAUAUUAAUUAAUUUUAGUGAACAGGUAUCCCCAAAAUUGAAAUUAUUGGAUUUAAAUCUUUGUGCUCUACCUGGGUUAUUUAUUUUCCUUUCAGCAUUAACUGUCACCUCAGGACAUCUGUAAGCAGUUGGCUGCCUCCUGGCUGCGCAGUGCAUGCCGGGCGCUGGCUGUGCAGUCACCGACCUAUGUAAGUACGGCCUGACCAGGGGAAGCUGAAGCCUGAUUUUACUUUGGUUAAGGAAAAGAAAAUCUACCAGUAACCCAUUUUGUGUCUUUUCUCAGUUUAUUAGCAAACAAGUAUGACAUGUGUGUAUUUUGAUUUACUUCCUUACCAUCAAAGCUGCUUCUUUACCAACAUUCCUUGAGAAGACAAGGGUAUGAGAAGACCACUCACUUGAAUAUUGUGGUUUACAGGUUGAGCUCUGUAUCUUAAUGUUUGAAAUGCUGUGUUAGGAAAGUGGUUUCUAGCCUCAUGUGUAACCAGGGUUUUGAGGAUAGAGAACUGUAUUUUUAGAACUCUAUAUAACAUAACUGUUUUGAAAUAACUAAAUGCAAAAUGACAUUAGGAAAUGUGGUGUAUGUGUGGUUUUUUUGUUGUUGUUUAUUUUUAAUCAUGUUUCAGAUAACUAGUAGGGUGGGGAAUAAAUUUCAAUUCAGGUAUUUUUAACAGAAAGCAAAAACUGUAAUGAUAUUUCUUUUACCCAUGUGAAGUCCAGAGAAGGCAUAUCUUGUUGGUGUCUCCCUGAAGCACAUCGAGCUGACAGUUGGAUGUGGCCCUUGACAGCAAAUCCUGUGCCUGACGCAGUCUUUUCAGUGUCAGUUGCUCCUUCAGCUCUGUGGAGCCCCUGAGCCCCUGGAGGAGGCUCCGGGUUGGGAGAAGAACAGCUAAGCAUGUUCCUGAAGCCAUGCUGCCCGUCACAGGAUGAGCACAGCUCGGGAGACCGAGGGAGCGGGAGAAUCUGGCAUGGACAGACCCUUGAGAAGGCUGUAGAUAGAGGUGCCAGGUGAUGACAGCAGAUGCCCUCACACCCAGCUAGGUCUCCUACAGCCCUCGGCAAUGCUGGAGGUGCUUACAGAGCAGCAUGAGGAAAUGAGGGAGCGGAGAAGCAGGCCUUAGGAGGUUAGAGAGGCUCCUCAGAAGUUGCUUCCAUAGUGAGAUGCCAAUAUGGUGGGCAGUGUGCACCAGAAAACUAUGUGCCCUGCGUGCCAUUUGCAAGGAAAUAUGAGUUCAAUUCCUCUGAAUUCUCACUGAGUACCAGUGAGUUUAGCACAUCUGUGUAGUCCAUAUUUUAGAGAACAGCUUUUGGUUCUGUGGGCUGUCUUCUGGGAAGUAUAUUCAUUCAUUAAGACUCAUGUUCCAGCCAAAAUGGCUUCACACAGAUGUAUCUGGGUAGCGUUUCAUAAGGGAGUAUGUGUCUGUAGGUCUACUCUUGGGUUCUGUUCCCAGGGAUACCUGAUGCCUCCUUGCAUAAGGGGUUUCUCUCAAGCCAGUUUCAAAACCCCUCCCCCGAGAGUGACCCCAGGGCCUGGUGCUGCUGUGCUGCCCUGUGAGCCAUGCACAGGGCGAGGGGGACCCAGAGCUCCUUCUUUAUCUGCACUUGGUUUGUACUUAGGGGAUGUGGGUAAAACCCACGUCACUUAGAGCAAACUGUUAGGUGGGUUGCAACACCUACGUGCUUACAUUACAAACACUUGUAACCCCAACAUUUGAGAAAUGGGGGCAGUCAACCUCUACUCCAUAGCACGCUCCAGGCCAGCCUGGGCUACCUGAUGCCCUGUCUCCAAAGACAAAACCAAACCAAAAGCUAAGUAAAAUAAAAUUUCAAAAUAGCAACCCAUGACAAUGCAGGCUCACUCACCCUGUGUUUGCUGAAGCCUCAUUAUAGUGAGAUAACCUGAAAUCUGGUUGCAUCCUAAAGAUUAGAGCUACAUAAUUCAUGGGGAUUACCGCAGUCUGAUGGCUGGCCUCUCCCCACGCGUGCUCGAGGACAGCGCGGGGACAUAUAUUCCAUUUCACACCCUACCUGCACAGGCACUGUGGUCAUUUUCUGUGUGGACUAAAUGGUAUAGAUCUGUUAGUGUGUCAGGAGCAAUAGGCAGUAGUCAAAAAAUCGUGCUAUUUAAAUCUUUUCUAUGUGUAAUGCUUAUGGCAUGAAGACUUUUGUAUUGAAUCGAGAUUUGUAUAUCUGACAGGUUCUAAAAUGCCAUAGUGAUUGUUCUUCAGCACCACGAAGAAAAUUCGAAGUUAAUUUUUUAAUUUACAGAAAAGUUCUCUUUUUAUCUUCAGAAUUGUCUCAUGGUCUAUUUAUACAUUGGAUGAUAUUUAUUUAAUCCAGUUUUGUAUUAGAAAUUGAUAGCUAUGCCAAAAGCCACUGUGCUGGCUUUCAAAAACAAUAAAAAUAGUUUUUGUAUUAUUUUGAAA